CCCAAACACGAACCCAUCUUUCUUCUACCUCUCUCUCUCUCUCUCUCUCUCUCUCUCUCUCAUGAAUUCCACACGUCACACAACCAAAUGAGCAACGUAGCCGGACCUCAUUUCCCGGCGAAUUCUAACCGCCGGAGACCAAGUAAUUCAAGGCGUGGGAGAGACGGACGGCAACCGUCCACUCCACUCCUUCAGUGGAAGUUCGUUGACAGCAAGCAUGCCUCCGGCGCCCGUGCUGCUGCUCCGUUCGCCGGUAUCAAUGGAGGAACCGAGCUCUCCGCUAGAAAGCUCGCCGCGGGUCUCUGGCAGCUGCGGUUUAAGGAAAAUUACCGUGGCAGUGGCAGUGGCGGUGAUGCUCUGCCUAGUGGACGUAGUUAUCGCUUAGGUCCCGAGCCUGGUACUGGACGUAAAAAGUUCAAGAUUCCACAUUGUCGUGGUACCGGAGAUUGUGGGGAAUCUGAUCAAAAGAAUGUGAUCCUACGAAGGCUUCAAUCUUCUAUGUCAUGCCCCAGACGUGUGUUGGAGAGAGUAACAAAAUGGGAUCAAGGAUACUCAGAAGCAUCUGAUGGUAUUGAUGUCUCUUAUGUUUACAGCCAUCCAAAGCUGCUUAAGGGUCAACGAAUCAGUAAUGGCUCAGUUGUUUUGGAUCUGCAAGCAAAACUAGCACAAGCUAGAGUACAAAUUCGCGAGCUUGAAGCAAAGAGGGAAUUGUAUAAGAAGAAAGUCAAACGCUUCUUGAAGAAGCUUGAAGAGGAAAGAAUCACAUGGAAGAGGAAAGAACACGAAAGGAACCGUGCAGAUGUUGAUGAAUUAAUGAAUGGAUUAGGCAGGGAGAGGAAAAGUCGUCAGAGAAUGGAAGUUAUCAACAUCAGUUUGGCAAAUCAGUUAGCCAAUGCCAAUUUAUCAGCACAGCAAUUUAAGAAAGAGUAUGAGGAAGAAAAGAAAAGUAGAGAGCUCUUGGAAGAAGUUUGUAAAGAACUGGCUAAACAAAUUGGAGAGGACAAGACCAAAGUUGAGAGACUGAAGAGAGAAACAAUGAAAGUUCAGGAAGAAUUGGAAGAAGAGAGGAAGAUGUUGCAGAUUGCAGAGGUUUGGCGUGAAGAACGAGUACACAUGAAACUGAAUGAUGCAAAACUGGCUCUUGAAGGUAAAUAUUGUGAAAUGAACAAGCUGAUAACAGAUCUUGAAACUUUCAUAAGAUCAAGAAGUGGAACCCUGGACGUUAGCGAGUUAAGAAAAGCUGAGUUGAUACUACAGGCAGUUAAAUCAAUAACUUUUCAAGACAUGGAGGAAUUUACUUAUGUUCCCCAAAAAUCGGAUGACAUAUUCUUUCUUCUUAAGGAAAUUGGAGAAUGUGAAGGUGAGAUGGGGAUUGGACCCUGCAUUAGCAUUGGCAGUCACACAUACCACGAUUCCAAAAUCCAGAAAGCUAGUCCUUAUGAUAAUGUGCUUGACAAGAACCCUGCCCUGACUUACUUGGACUGCCCUAGUGAUGAUAAUAGUGGUUUUGCAAAUGAUGCACAAGGAUUUGACACUGUGUAUCAUGCCGAGGAUCAGGGUUCUAGUUAUUCACUGGAAGAGUAUAAUUCCUCACAUAAAAGGGUCAGUAAGGGAAACAAUGUUCCGAGGAGCAAAAGUGAAUGUGAUGAACAUGCAGGUCAGGAUUCUCCAAAUACAGAAAUCAGUGAGGUUUGUUCAGUGUCAGUAAAGCAAUCAAAACAGAAGGCUUCUUCUGUGUCCAAGAUUUGGAGAUCAUACCCAUGUAAUGGUCUUUAUAAGAUGAUCUUUGAUGAGGGUGAUAAAAUGCUUUCAACUGAGACAAUUUCUAGUGUGGGAACAACUUCUCCCAAUAGAGGGGUGGAUGAAAACAAGCGGAGACGUAAUGGACAGUGGCUUUCAUCGGACUUGGCAAAUCCCCACAUAACUCAAGGGAUGAAAGGGUGUAUAGAAUGGCCUCGAGCCAAUCAAAAGAGUAGUUUGAAGGCCAAGAAUAGUUCAGAAGCAAGAAUCGAUAGCCAGAAACGUCUAAUAGGCACUGUUCUUAAACAGAAGACUUGAGUGCAUGUUGUUCUCAAUUUUGUCUUUCAUCUGAAAUAAGAAUCUGGCUGUCCAUCUCUCCUCAUCAAGGUACGGUUACGAGCAGAAGCCUGUUGGAGGAUUUUUAUAAUUGCAAGCAGACAGAUUUUUUCAUUGGAACUUGUUCAACACCUUACACAAAAGAUCAGACAAGCAAUUCAUUCCAUCAAUAGCCAAGUUCUUGCUACAGAGUAGUUUGAAUGUAUAUGCAGAUUGUUUUACUUAUAUUUUAUGAUAUUUUUAUCCUUUAUCCAGCUAUCAUUGUACAAUGGAUUGAGAUAUAAGGUUUACACAAACUUAAAUAGGAAAAAAUAAAAUCAUUUACAGUUUUUUUCUCUGGAAA